AUGGCUUUCCCUCAACCAGGCGGUCCGACUUUUCGUCACGCACAGGUACAUGGUGUUUUCUCCUUCCCACGACCGGCUUCCAACGCUCGUCCGAAAGUUAACACGCCCGCGCAGUCCUUUGCGGAUGCCCAGUCCCAGUUCGACAUCCUCGAGUGGCAUCCCUAUUUCAUGUCCUGCAUGCGAUACUUCCUGGACCACGCCCAGUACCAUGGCCCCGUGCAGGCUCUUGCCGGAUUCAUCAACAUCCGACUACCUUUCCAGAAGCCCAACCCGGUACUAUCUUCACAGACAGUCCGUCCACCACCGGAAUUAGAGGCCUCUUGCCGGGGAACAGGAGGGAAGGCUCCCGUGGGUGGCUACGGUCUUCAGUCGUACGCGAGUGUCAACUUGAUUCCCUAUAUCCGCCGUCUGGUGGCUACGGGGUAUGACUUCCCGGGUGUUUUGCACGGCUUUUUCGGAGACGACUGGGAGGCUGGUGUGGGGCAACUACACGAGAACGAGCGACGGAACUACCUUUUUGCGGCCAAGAGCUCCAACUGGCUCAAGGUCAAGGCGGCUUACGACAUGAACGAGGAAGAGACCAUACCGUUCCUCAAACCUUUGCGCGAUGCGACCGAACGAGAAAUUGUCAUGGCUGAGAGAAGCUGGAGCGAGUGGUUGGCGAUGCAGGACUGGAUGCUGGGACCACGCGCACCGGAAAUGCAGCAAGCGAACGGCAAUGGCAAUAGCAAUGGCAAUGGGAAUGGGAAUGGGAAUGGCAACAACGUCAAUGGAGGGCGGAUGCAGGGUAUUAAAAGGGAAGGUGACUGA